CUCUCUCUCUCUCUCUCUCUACUAGUCUGAACUACUACAUCUCUCUCUCUCUCUCUCUCUCGGUUCACCAGUAACCCCUAGCUCAUAUCCUCUCUCUCUCUCAUCAUGGCGGGUUACCACCGCAAACCCUCCAUGAAAUCCAAGGCCCACUUUCGAAAGCAGCAGAAGCUCAGCGAAGUGCAGGAGAUUGAGCUCCUGGAGCAAUGGAUUGAAGCCGGAAAACCAGAACGUGGUUCGAACCCGCUCUCCUUCUCUGUUCCUGAUGGUCCAAUUGGUCCCAUAGACGACAACACUUUCUCCCCUUAUGCUGGUUGCAGGAGGUUCGAUCAGCUGCCUCUCUCUCAAAAGACGAAGCAAGGGUUGGGUGAGAAAUACACAGUGAUGAGCGAUAUUCAGCGAGCCUCACUGCCCCAUUCGCUCUGUGGGAGAGAUGUUCUUGGAGCUGCAAAGACAGGGUCUGGAAAAACCCUAGCAUUCAUCAUUCCGGUGUUAGAAAAGCUCUAUCGAGCAAGAUGGGGUCCAGAGGAUGGGGUUGGAAGCAUUAUUAUAUCCCCCACUAGAGAGUUAGCUGCACAGAUUUUUGGAGAAUUAAAAUUAGUGGGAAAGCACCACGGCUUUAGUGCAGGGCUUCUGAUUGGUGGUCGUAAAGGUGUUGAUACAGAGAAGGAUCAUGUGAAUGAUCUCAACAUCUUGGUAUGCACUCCUGGUCGGCUUCUUCAGCACAUGGACGAGACUCCGAAUUUUGAGUGUUCACAGCUCCAGAUUUUAGUGCUUGAUGAGGCAGAUCGAAUUCUUGACGUGGGAUUCUCAAAGACAUUGAAUGCAAUUAUCUCACAGCUUCCCAAACAACGUCAGACCUUGCUUUUCUCAGCGACUCAAACCAAAUCUGUGGAGGACCUUGCAAGGCUCAGCUUGAAGGACCCUGAGUAUCUCUCAGUUCAUGCCGAAUCUACAACUGCCACCCCAAAGCGCUUGAAGCAAACUGCUAUAAUUGUUUCCCUUGAACAAAAGCUUGACAUGUUGUGGAGCUUCCUAAAGGCUCAUCUAAAUUCCAAGAUCCUAGUUUUCAUUUCAAGUUGCAAGCAGGUGAAAUUUAUUUAUGAGGCUUUCAAAAAACUGCGCCCUGGCAUGCCUCUCAAGUGCCUGCAUGGGCGGAUGAAGCAGGAAAAACGAUUGGCGAUAUUCUUAAAAUUUUGUGAGGAGAAACGAUCUGUACUUUUCUCAACUGAUGUUGCAUCCAGAGGCCUCGAUUUUCCUGCUGUUGACUGGGUUGUCCAGCUUGAUUGUCCGGAAGACAUUCCAACCUAUAUUCAUCGAGUUGGUCGGACUGCUCGAUUCACUUCUGGAGGGAAAUCACUUAUAUUUCUUUUACCUUCUGAGAAAAAGAUGCUUGAGAAUUUACAGGCAGCCAAAGUGCCUAUUCAAGAUACGAAGGCAAAUACAAAGCGACUGCAAUCAGUCUCCACAUUGUUGGCUUCGUUACUGGUCAAAUAUCCGGAUCUGCAGUACUUAGCUCAAAGGGCUUUUGUGAUGUACUUGAAGUCAAUUAAGUUACAGUCCAAUAAAGAAGUGUUUGAUUUGUCAAAAUUGCCUGUUGAAGAUUUUUCUGCCUCAAUCGGCCUGCCCAUGACUCCAAAAAUCCGUUUCUUGAACAAGAGAAGCAAGGUAAAAGCUGAACCUGAAGAAGAAUUUGCACCUCAAGUACAAGAAAAAGUCGAGAAGGAAUGCAUAGAGAAUGAAACAGAAGAUGAUGUCCUUCUGCCCAAGGAUAUCCCCACGGAAGUAGCACAAAAUGAUAAUGACUAUACAUCAACGAGGAUAUUGAAGAGGAAGAGGUUGAAGAUUAACAUAAACAAACCGGCUGGACAGAGGUUUGUGUUUGAUGAUGAAGGGAAUGCGCUUCCUCCCCUGGCUGCCUUGGCCAAUGCACAUGGUAAUGAUAGUCCCCAAGAGCAUGCUACAGGUAAUAUGCCCCCUCCAAAGCCUUGGGAACGUGUGGAGAGCUCAGCUGGACCAUCGCCUUUUAAGCCUCCAGCUCCUGGCCGUACAACUGAUGUUGUGGAGGCAUCUGGCACUGCUAAACCUGGAGAGAUUGCUCCAGUUGCUGAAAGGAAUACUGUAGUGAAUGGUAAUCCUGCUGGAAGGCCUCAACCUGUAAGGCCUUGGGAGCAGGACAGAAACAAUUACGGAUACGGAGCAAAUAUGAAUUACAAUCCUGGGUAUGGUGGUGGAACAUAUUCUCAACUUGGUGGCUAUGGAGGAUAUGGUGGGGGAGGAUAUGGUGGGGGUAUGUACAAUACGUACAGAGGAGGCUAUGGUUCUGGGAUGUAUGGAGGUGGAAUGUAUAACAAUGGAUAUGGAGGACAGAUGGGUGGAUACGGAGGACAGAUGGGUGGUUAUGGGAUGGGCAUGGGUGGAUAUGGGAUGGGCAUGGGUGGUCCAUAUGGUAACCAUGAUCCAAAUGACCCAAAUGGGGGCCCUGCAUCACCCCCAAGCUUUUGGAUUUCCGUCCUUCGUGCGAUGCAUGGUGUUGUAGACUUUUUUGGCCGAAUUGCUCUUCUUAUUGAUCAGAAUACCCAUGCCUUCCACAUGUUCAUGUCUGCACUCCUUCAGUUGUUUGAUCGCUCAGGGGUACUGUACGGUGAGCUUGCGAGAUUUGUUUUGAGAUUGCUCGGGAUUAAAACAAAGCCAAGGAAAUCCAUUCAACCUGGCCCUCAGGGAGCACUUCCUGGCCUCAAUGCUCAUGGAAACAACUCUACUGAAGCACCCAAAUCCAACUAUAAAGCACUCGAGGCUGUUUGGGAAAAUGAAAACAAGUAAGUUGAUUUCAAAAUUUCAACUUUAGCAGCUGUAGGUGGUCGAUCAAGGGGCAAGAAUCGUUCAAUGAAGUAUGGAUCUAGCUAAGGUUCGCGUAUCACACGGUGGUCUUCACUUGAAUUGUUAACCUAUGAGCAAAAGGAGAUGCGAGGCACUGGUGUUUCGAGGACUUGGUCUUUUGUUGUUUUGAGAAGAGAAUGGGUGGUGUGUUAGUGUGUGUUGCGUUCUUGAAAGUUGUAUGCCAUAAAUGUUGGUAUUCAUGGUGACCCAUAGCAUUCUAUGUAAAAUAAUUGUUCCUUUUACAACUGUAGUAGAAAAGGAGGAAGAUAAUGUAAGCUGCGAGUUGCUUGUCAAUAAACCUUGCCCAAGCUAUUAUUAGUUGGGGGAAAGUAGUUUGUGCAUCAGGGAACGUAUUUUCGUA